UGAAACUCCGGUGUAUCUGCUUGUCGUUAAAGAGACAAUAUUGUUGACUUAAUUACAUAAUACUGCCACUAAUUACACUAGAAUUAGAUAACUAAUUCAAAACUGUGAUAAAAAUUGUAAAAAAAGAAAUUUUAUUUUUCUUGAAUUCUCUCCCAACAUACCUACUUGCAGAGUGUAAAUAAAGUAAAAGUGUUACCGUCGUGCGUCUAAGUUUUAUAAUCAAAUGUGUGAACUACUUUUCGGAUUAUCAGUGAAAAUAUUGUAGUUAAAAAACAAGCAUAGGUCUUCCGUUUACUUAGCUGUUGGUAUUAUUUACAUUUGCAUUGUAUUGCGUACAUAUUAAUACGAGUCUAUGAACUUUGAAAGUUGGAAUAAAUGCACUUUAAAACGAAAUUAUGACAGAAACGUAAAGGCAUGUCAGGUGUUGGAAAAUAUUCGAAAAAUGUUUGUGAAAUAAAUUAAACAUUUUCGUUUCGUGUUGGAAACAUGAGAUCGCCGGUCGGAAGAAUAUUGUUGAAAGUGUUCGAAUUGCUGGGAUGUAUAGCAUGUGUGGUAACGAAAGCACUAACGGACUUGGAAUCAGGGCGUGUUUUCCUCCGAAACCAAAAACUAUCUCGCGAAUGGGGACUAUUGCACAAUGUUUUUUGGUCCUCGUCGGGAAAUGCAUUUGCGAAUGUUACGUACGGAGGUUUUACGCUUAUAAUAGCACUGAUGUUGAUUUCAAGAUUCAUUGAUGCCAAGUCAAGACCGUCGCUGGUAGAAAAGAUUUUUUUAACCGUCGGAAUGCUUUGUUUCUUUGCUAUGGGCGGACUUGUUUUCGCAUCAUUUGACCAGGUACCACAAGACCUGCACGAUAAUGUCAUUGUACUGGGAUGUUUAUCGUUUCUCGUCUCACUACUCAUUCUGAUUGACUUGGCCGACCCCAUUGCACGACACACAUCCGAUACAACUCAAACUGAAAAUGUCACACAUAAUGGACACAUUGCAGGCUCCACAGCUGUGUCGCCGUUAAGAUUAGCAAACGGUGGAGUUGAAAACAAACCGAUAAAUCGUACAACAGCGCCACAACAAACUGAUACCGAAACCACCAUACAAGUGCAUGAUGUUCACGAAGAUUCCCGUUCGGAAAACCAUAGCCCACCGCAAACUAAUAUGAACAAUAUCGCAGUGAAUGGAACGUACCAUCGUAGCGCUGCAGUCGAUGGUCCACCGCAAGCCCAUGUAAACAAUAUCGCAUUGAAUGGGACGUAUCAUCGUAGCGAUGAAGUCGAUUUCGUCCAGACGAAAAUUCUUCCAAGAGCCGAGCAGCCGGUUUUCGAGAAGGUAUUGCUGCCCGAAAAAAGACGACCGCAGAAACAAAACAUACCCGAUCCAAGAGAAAAUACAUCCCACAUGGAAUUCGUCACGGAGCGAAUAGUCGAUCCGAGGCACACCUACGAUCAAAGACAGACCGAUUACGAUCAAAGGCAAACAGCUUACGAUCAAAGACCAACUGCUUACGAUCAAAGACCGACCGCUUACGAUAAAAAACAAACUGCCUACGACCACACCUCGUACCAUCAAAACAAUUUUAGCCACCGUGAUCAACACAACAUGGACAACCGCUAUCAACAUCAUCAAAACUAUGGAUACGUGAGGGAAAAUAUGCACACACCAAAAUCAGUCCAAUCAUCAUUAGGUCAUCAACAUGACCGCUAUGGUAACAGACCGUUGAUGGUUGUGCGUGAUUAUUCCAAUGCACGAGCCAACAUGAGCUACGAUCAAAGAAUAAAAUCAUCGAGCUACAGACGAAAUAAAAACUACAAUCACAGUGUAUCAAGUAAAUCGCAUUGUAGGAGUCAUUGCAGCAGCGAUGACGAUGAGAAUGUAUCGGCUAUCCAGCCGGGAUUCGUUGCCACUGCAGCGAAAAUUUGGGAUACUAGAGCUAAGCGUGAUUUUAAUACUGUAGUUUAAACCAUUAAUUCAUUUAAUUAGUACAACGUACACGACAGUACACUUUAUCACAGUGUGAUAAUAUCACACACAUAAUUCCAUUCCACCUAACUAAACGAAAAAUCUUUCAUAAAUUUCGCGCCACUUAGUUUUAUAAAACUUGUAUAUCGUGAAUGCGAAAAGUAAUACAAUAAAAUGCACAUGCCAACCGUUUAACGAGA